CUUUAUUUUUAGCUUAUUUUAUUCUAUUCUAUAUUUUAUGGUGUUUGGUACCUGGGGUGUUUCUCUUUCCAGUCUCCUGUAAAGUGUGACUCUAAUCUUAACAGUGCUGUGUGUUGAUGUUGGAGCUGUUAAUUUCCCCGAGGGAACCUCCCAAAGGGAUCAAUAAAGUCGUCUGUCUGUCUAAUAACUGACAUUUAUAUUUGACAUUUAACCCACCUUUCCAUGACACGCCAGAACUACAGGAUAACACACAAGAUCCCAUGAGUUUAGUUAGAGAAGUUAGAGAUGAUGUCAACAGUAGGAGAUCCUCCACAAUUAAGCUUUUGGAUACUGCCUUUCAACAGAAUGCCAAUCAUGAUGAUGACAUCAACACAGAUAGUCAUAUGAGUAACACUUCAACCAAUGGAGAAGAAGAACUCAAUAAUUCCAGCAGUGAAGAUAAACUCAGUAAUGAGAACUCUUCGACAACCAGCGACCAGUUGGAUAUGGACAAUCAAGAGAAUGAUUAUAAAGAUAACCAAAUCAACACAGAGGAACACUGGAGUAACACUUCCAACAGUGAAGAUGAAGAUAAUGAACUCAACACUGAGAACCCUACCACAAGCCAAUUGGAUGUGGAAAUUUCAGAGAAUGAGGAAGCCCUGUCACAUUCUGAAGAGGACUUGACUGAUUCUGCCAGUAAUGAAGGUGAAAACCAUGCUGACGAUGAAGACGUGAUGGAGGGGAAUAGUACUAGAGAAAAGACACCUGAAUUUCCAGUGGUAUGUAGACAGUGGUUCAAUAACACAUUGCUAGUAGUUACUGUACGCCCAUUACAGAAAAUUAGAGCAUUUGGAGAAAUUCUACAUAAUAAUAAUAAUAAUACUACAUAUACUGUAUGUGCUAACUGUAGCUGUUGUUACCAUCCAGUCAGCAGAUAUAUUGUUACUGUGCCUACAUCAUCUGGGGAAGCCUGACGAUGUUAGUU